ACUUCUAAUUAGACAUUUAUUUAAAAAAGUUAAACAGUUAUUUCUGUCAUAGUGAAAUAGUUAUUUCUUUAAAAGCGAGAUUAAAUGUUGCUUCUGUAGACAUGCAUGUUGUCGUGUUUGGUUCUUCCAAACAUUUUCAGCCAGUUACCUUGGAAACCACAUUUGGCAAAUCAAUGAAAGUAAUAUCACUGGGCAUGCCACCCUCUCCUCCCUUUCUCUCUUACUCUCCCGCCUCCCCUUCACUCUCUCUCCCUCCCGCUGUCUCCCGCAUCUACCUCACUCAGUCAUCUCUCCUUCACACACACACACAGCCAAAGGACUAGCAGACAGCACUCUUCCCCGGAUUAUUUUACUCAAACAGGGGGUGGAGGACAGGAAAGAGCAGAAAGGAGAAGAAGAAGGGAAGCGAGUAGAGGAGAAGAGUUUCACUCUUUCCCUGUGAUGUUGAAGGGGGAAUUUUUACCUGAUGGUAGUCCAGGACUGAUACAUUAUUGGGGCUGUAUGGACACCUAUUUCUAGCUCCGGGGGGGUGUUGACGGGCCAUCUGAUCCCAGGAUGGGGAGAACGGGGAGCGAGCGCAGAGGAGAGGACGGGUUCUGGAGGAGGGAUCAGAGAAAUCCAACUAGCUCUCUCAACUGUUGCUGCAGGAGAUUAUGGGAUAACAGGACUUUUUUGUGGAUACUUGGUGACCACUUGGGUGUACCCACCUUGAAUCUGGUUGGCCCAGCUUAGUUCUGUUGGUACAGGCAGAUGUACUGCUCUUUUUGGGUGAAAAGGCAAAGGAUAUAGGUGUAAUCCGGCACAAGGGACUGGGUUUGGCUGGGCCUGGUUUGAUGAGAUCGUGUCCCCAGGAUGUUGAGUCUGGAUGGGCUGGAGAUGAUAGCUGUCCUGGUGGUGAUGGGACUGAUCGUCAAAGUCCUGGAGCAGUUUGGACUCUUCGAAGUUGUAGGAGAGGAAGACAGCGUAGAAGAUGACUUUGAGUUGUCCACUGUGUGCCAUCGACCAGAGGGUCUGGACAAACUACAGGAGCAGACCAAGUUCACCAAGAAGGAACUACAAGUUCUCUACAGGGGCUUCAAGAAUGAGUGUCCGAGUGGAGUGGUGAAUGAGGAAACCUUUAAAACCAUCUACUCUAAAUUCUUCCCCCAGGGUGAUUCGGGUGCGUAUGCACAUUUCUUGUUUGAAGCCUUUGACACUAACAAGAAUGGAUCAGUUAGUUUCGAGGACUUUGUGUUCGGUCUGUCUAUCAUUCUGAGAGGAACGAUAAAUGACCGGCUAAACUGGGCCUUCAACCUGUACGACCUGAACAAAGACGGCUGCAUCACCAAAGAGGAGAUGAUGGAUAUAAUGAAGUCUAUCUAUGAUAUGAUGGGGAAGUACACAUAUCCCUGUAUGCAGGACGAAGCGCCCAGAGAACAUGUGGAGAGCUUCUUCCAGAAAAUGGAUCGUAAUAAUGAUGGGGUGGUCACUAUUGAUGAGUUCAUUGAGUCAUGCCAAAAGGAUGAGAACAUCAUGCAGUCCAUGCAGCUGUUUGACAACGUCAUCUAGGAGCCUCUGACACAGAAAAGGGGCUGGAGAACAGGGGAGGUGUGGGUGUGAGUGUGCGCCUGUAUUUGUGUGUUUGUGCACGUGUGUGCGUGCAUUUGUGUGUUGUGGGGGGGCUCCGAGAGGGCCUUGGACAUUGACCCUCAGCCCCCCCCAAUCCUAACCCCUCCUUGUAGCUCCUUUCUCUCCGCACCCACUCCAAGCCAAAAGGAGGCACCUCCUCUUAUCCAACCCUUCAUCUCUUCCAAAGACAAAGAGAAGAGAGGGGCUGGCUCAUAGACUCUGAUCCACACCCACAACCACACCAAGGACCUGUUCAGGAAUGUGCAACAUUACAGAAUGUUCAGAUAGAAAUGUGUUGUGCAGAACAGAUAUGAUUUCCUGUCGUUUGUAAUAGGGAGUCAAUCGUGUCAGCUCUAUUUGUCUAUCUGCAACGUUCGAGGUGAUUUGCCUCAUUGAAUACACUCGUUUCAUUAACCAUUUUAUUAUUAAACACUCCCGUUUCUGAGAAAGCUGCUGUAGCCUGCUGGCUGGACUCAACAUAGGAUUAAAUCCCCCUACUCACUGAUCUAAGGUCAGUUUUGCAUAUCCCCACCUAAUUGUUAAGGUUAGGGUCAGGAGUGGUUCAGCGGAUCCAACUUCUACCAGAGCAGCUUGACUCCUGAAACUUCUGUCGUUAAUACAGAGGUAACUAGCGCCACUUAGUGGACAAAAGGAGGAAAGGACACCUGGAAAAGAGAACAGAACAGAAGGGACUGAGGAUCUGAAGGAUGAGACUCACUCUUCACGAACAGAAGAGACCUAGUUGUUUUCAAUAAGGGACUGAUUUUAAUAUCGCAUGAUGAUGUCUUUAAUAAUAACCUAUAUAUAUUUACAGAAAUACUACAGCCUGUCUGUUGUCUGUCUGCUGGUCCUAGAGUCACCCACAGGUGCCUCGCUCCGUGUAUGUGUGUGCGAAUGUGCAUGCGUGUGUACGUAUUUGCGUGCAUGUGAGAGAGGCUGUACUGGCAUUCCCGUCUCCGGUAGGAACCCAUUCAGAUUUCAACCCCAUGAGACCUCCUUCGUACUAACACUAACUUACCCUCUGGCCUUUAUACCUGUCACCUUAGCUGUAGGUGUAUGCUGACUGUUGUACCUCUUCCAAUAACCCUGUGGUCAAGAACUACUAAACAGUCUGUGCCGCUAUAUUGAUGAACAUGCUGGUUGGACCAUCUAGGCUCCCGAAGACCCCUUUCUGUAUUUACAGGUGACUAACUGAUGCAGUGAAUUAUGGGAAUUGAAGUUCAAUACUGUAAUACAUGAUAUGAUUAUUUUGCAUUAUACUGAUCAUACAGUUGAAACUGAAAGCAUUUCUGUUUAGAUCAACUAUGAAAGAGCAGCAACAUGUCAAGAACAAUUUAAUCUCCUUCAUAAUCCAAAUUAAGCCUCUUGUUACAUGUCUACGUGUGUGCAUGUGGGUGUGUGGGUAUGAAGACACCACCAAUGUUUCCUGCCUUUCCCCCACACUGACACCAAAGAGUCAGGCACACCAACUGAAGUAUUUAAAGCCACCCUCAGUUAUAUCAGGGUAUAAAUAGACACAUUUGUGAAAUGUGAGAGAGAGGGAAGAGAGGAGGAGAGAAAGAGAGAUUGGAGUGGAAAGGAGAGUAUGAGUGUUUUUGUGUGUACAUUGUGAGAGAGUGAAGAUUUGUCGAUUGAAUAGUACAGUUUCCCAAUUCUUUGCCAACUUGAUGCCGUUUCCUACUGGGUGUUUAAAAAAAUGCUGUUUGAAAUGGGGUGGAACGCCUGCCUCGUGGUUCUGAAUAGAAUGCUGAUCUUUUGUAAGAUAACACUACCUGUAUCCAUCAACUACUUCCUGUGUCUUUCAUUAAAUUACAUUAAUUACUUCACUUUCAACCCCCCAAAAAAUUAUAAUAUGCCAUCAGGUGGGUCAAUAAAACAACAACAGUGGCAUAAGCAAAAUGUCCAUAUUUUACCCCCUUUUACCUACUCCUGGGAAUAGAUAAAAGUUGCCCCUAACCCACUGGUCCAGACUCCAAUUUUCCUACAGUCACAUACUGAUUAUGAUUGCGAAGGAUAACUGACCCUAGAACUCUGGUUAAGGCUAACUUCCACCAAGAGUGUAUUAUUAAUCGGUUAACACCCUUGUUGUAAUAACCUGCACUUUCUUCCAACACAGUAUUUGUAACUUCUGAUUUCUUUACAUUUCCAUUUUAUCCAAUUGAAUGUUUUCACAUCUCUUUUUUGGGGAGGCGGGGGGAGUGGUCUGGCUCUGAUUGCCCCCUUGCAGGUGCCGUAGGAGAUUUCCUGAACUGACCACCAGUGAAACCUGUCUAUACUCGCAUGUACUGUCAUAAAGCAAUGAUACCUACUAACCCAUUGUUACUGACCGUGUCUAGUAAGUUGGCUAGCCUCAACUGUUGCAUUGCAUAUUUAAGAUGUGUAUAUUUUGUACAGAGAAUAAAAAUCACAUUGCUAUGCA